AUGGCGAAAUUGUUUCUCGUAGUACUGUUAUUACUACAACCUUAUUUAACCACAUCCAAUUUCGCAUCCAAUCCUGAAACUAAGAAAAGCAGGCUUGUUAUAAAAAUGAUCCACUAUGAAUCAAUCAAGUCGCCUUUUUAUAAUCCAAAACUCACGCUCGAAGACCGUGUGAGAAAAAUGAACCAAAGAUCAGAAGCUCGCAUUUCAGAUCUUAUGGUUGUUGUCUCAAAUAUUUUGAAAAAAGAUAGCGUUGAAGUUCAGAUUUACCCAGUUUAUGGCGCUCAGUUUCUUAUUCCAUUAAAGAAUGGCACACCUCCCGUGCCACAAAUUCUUAUCAUGGACACGGGCAGUUUCUUACUUUGGGUCCACUGUGGCUUCACCAUUGGUGGUGAAGGCUCACCAGCUCCAUUAUACCACAAUGCAGAUUCUUCAUCGUAUGUUGAAGAUGUGUAUUGUGGGACAUCUAUGUGUGAUUUUUUGACCCUUAAAGGCACAUGCGGUGUCUCGAGGAGAUGUGACUAUACCUUAAACUAUGUGACAGGUAAGACUGAGGGACAUCUUGCUUCUGAAGUUGUGACAUUUCAAUCAAAAAAUGAAAGCGAAGAGACCAUCAAACGUCUUGUUUUUGGAUGCUCAAGUAUUUCUCGAGGUGUAGACCGUUGCAGUGGAGUUCUUGGACUUGGACAACGACCUGUUUCAUUGGUUUCUCAACAAAACUACACUGGAUUUUCAUAUUGUAUCGGUAAUAUAAGCGAUGUGAAUUAUGAUUCGAACGCGCUAGUUUUGGGAGACAAGCCUAUAAUUGAAGAAAUAUCCACUCCGAUAUUUAUGGUUCUGGGAAAAUACUAUAUAAAUUUGGAAAGAAUCAGUGUCGGGGACAAGUUUCUUGACAUCGACCCAAGUAUACUCAAGAGGAUCGAUUACCAAGGUGGAAUGUUCGUUGAUAGUGGAGCAACUUCAAGUUACUUACCUGAGAUAGCAUUCAAGAAAUUGAAGGAGGAAAUUAAAUCUGUGAUAGGUACGUCGUUGAAAGAAGUUACCAAAGGCCCGGAACAACUCUGCUACUAUGGAAAUAUCGACCGCGAUCUUCAACGCUUCCCAAAGAUAACAUUACAUUUUGCUGAAAAUGCAGAUAUGGAGCUGACAGCUGAAAAUUUGUUUCACAAGGCAAGCAAUAACCAUUUCUGCCUGUCCGUAAAAAUUUCUGAAGAAGAAAGGCUUCCUUUUAGCAUACUUGGUGUUUGGGCACAACAAUAUUUUUAUAUCAGCUUCGACUUUGACAGCAUGAGACUUUCAUUCUCUAGGAUAGAUUGUGACUUUCUGUUUGAUUGA